GUUCCAAACAGUCCCUGCCUAUCACCCUGGACUUCUGGACAUCAAUAGAGUCCGGAGCCAGGCUAAGCGCAGCAAAGUGCCUCUCCACCUGGCACUCCGGUACUCCUUCUCCGCCAGCGAACACGCAAGAACUUGGCUCGUGGAUUUCCAAGGACUUCAAAUGGUGUGAGAGUGUUCAACCUUCAGCGAGGCCUGUGGACGGUUCCUGCCAACGACGUUUUCCUGCGCUACAACUUCUCGAAAAGCACACGUCCCGUUAACGAGCUCACUGCCUGCUACCGAGUGAAGUUCGAGUCGUUCGUGCUCACAAACCUCCACUUAUCCUACGCCUCGUCCCAGCAGAAGCCAAACGCGCUGGCCUUCUUUGGUAAAAAGGUAUCACUGCAGACCACCUGCAACAGUAAAUCAGUGGCAUGA